UUCCAUUUCCGAACCAUGCUGUGCAACGAUGAUCACACGGUGCUGGAUGACAGUAAGAAGGUCGGGUUGCCCAUGGAAGUGGUGAUCGGAAACAUGUUCAAGCUGGACGUAUGGGAGACUCUGCUCAAGUCCAUGCGCAUAGGAGAAGUUGCAGAGUUCUGGUGUGAUGUAAUUCACACUGGCCUGUACCCCAUGGUGGCAAAAAGUCUUCGGCGCAUUGCAGAAGGAAAAGAUCCAGUGGACUGGCACAUCCACACCUGUGGCAUGGCGAACAUGUUUGCGUUUCACACCCUGGGUUACGAUGACCUGGAUGAGCUGCAGAAAGAACCUCAGCCUCUCAUCUUUGUGCUAGAACUACUAAAGGUUCAGCAGCCGAGUGAGUAUCACAGGGAGUCAUGGGCGAUGAGUGAUGAGGAGAGACUGAAGGUUGUUCCUGUGCUCCAUGGCCAAGGGAACAAACUGUACAAACAGGGUCGCUUUGAAGAGGCCACAAACAAGUACAAGGAGGCAAUCCUUUGCAUCAAGAAUGUUCAGUCAAAAGAGAAGGCUUGGGAGGCUCCCUGGCUAAAGCUUGAGAAGAUGGCCAACACUCUCACACUCAACUACUGCCAGUGUUUGCUGCGCAUGCAGGAGUAUUAUGAGGUCAUUGAGCACACUAGUGACAUCAUCAACCAGCAUCCUGGGGUGAUGAAAGCUUUCUAUAUGCGGGGGAAAGCGCACAUCGAGGUAUGGAAUGAGGCUGAGGCCAAGGCUGACUUUCAGAGGGUGCUGGAUCUAGACCCAAGAAUGAAGAAGUCAGUGAAGAAAGAGCUAACUGUUCUCAACAUGCGCAUGGAGGAGAAGAGAGAGGAGGAGAGACAAAAGUACAAGGGCAUGUUCACAGCCUCAGCAACAGGCCAAACAAAUCCAGAACAAACACAGGAACAGGGGAAUGCAGACCAGGAAACAGCAGAACAAUCAACUACUGAACAAGAACCUUCCAAGCAAGUAGCUCUAGAGCAAGUACCUACAGGACAAGAAACAACAUUGAAGGAAACUCCUGAUAAAGACAAUUCAGAGAAAGAAACUCUGAAGCAAGAAACACCAGAGCAGGAAACUCCAGAGAAAGAAACUCCAGAACAAGAAACUUCAGAGCAGGAAACUCCAGAGCAGAAAACCCUAGAGAAAGAAACUUCAGAGCAGGAAAGUCUAGAGCAGGAAACUCCAGAGCAGAAAACUCUAGCGAAAAAAACUCCAGAGCAAGAAACUUCAGAGCAGGAAAGUCCAGAGCAGAAAACUCUAGAGAAAGGAACUCUAGAGCAAGGGCUUCCAGAGCAGGAAGAGCAAGUUACUCCUGAAAAAGGAACUGCAGGACAAGAAAAUGCAUCACGGUUAACCUCAAAUUUUGCACAAACAACUUUUGAAGCAGCAACACCAGAACACCACAAAUAAUGGCCCCUGUCAGUGAUGAAGACGCUUAAUGAAACAGUCUUAGUUGCUCCAUCUGAUCCCAGUUAUUGGAAUUUAUCUAUGCGGGCAUGAAAUGGGCAUAUUGCUUACUUUCAGGGAUGAUUAAGAUGGUAUCUGAUAUUUGUUAAAAUACU